AAGCAGAGCACAGCCCAGCAUAUCACGUGACUGGUUUACGUAAGACCUCGCUAGUCAUGUCGCUGCUUCGGCCUGUCUCCUUACUGCCCCGGCUCUGGUUUCGUCGCCUGAGCGGCCGGUGCUGCCCACUUAGCGAACGCCGGGGACUGCUGCAGCUCCGAGGAACGGACCCCGCUGUGUUCCUACAGGGACUGAUAACUAACGACAUACAGCGAUUGGCAGAGGGCGCGCUGUACGCGCAUAUCCUCAACGUGCAAGGGCGGAGCCUGUUUGAUGUCUUUCUGUAUAGGCCCCCCACGGGACACAAUGAGACAUCCGCCAUUCUACUGGAGUGUGACAUUGCGGCCAUGGAACCCAUCCAGAAGCAUCUGAACCUGUAUAAUUUCCGAAGAAAGGUGACCAUAUCCCCGUGCCCUGAGCUGUCCGUGUGGGGCAUCAUCUCAGCUUCCAAGAAGCAGGACACCCAAACUCCUGAAUUGUCCUCUUCUGUGAUCUGUUCCGCUGACCCUAGGGUGGAUGUCAUGGGCUUUAGGCUGGUGGCUCCGUCUGGAGAGAAUCCCAAGAACCUCUUCCCAGAGACAGAGACAGGCAGUUAUAGAGAAUAUACUAAGCACCGAUAUGAGCAAGGUGUUCCAGAGGGUGUACAAGACAUUCCCCCCGGGGUGGCGCUACCACUGGAAUCCAACCUGGUGUACAUGAACGGUAUCAGUUUCUCCAAAGGUUGUUACCUGGGCCAGGAGCUCACAGCAAGGACUCACCACACCGGAGUCAUUAGGAAGCGCCUACUGCCCGUCCAACUCUCGUCAUCGUUACCGGCCGAAGCAGAAGGAGCCGACAUAUUGACAUCGGCUGGGAAGCCAGCGGGAAAAUAUAGAGCCGGGGAUGGGGACGUUGGUUUGGCAUUGCUACGAAUUGCUCACAUCAACGAAGAACUGCUCCUCAAACUGUCCAACGGGCCCAGUGUUUCUGUUAAAGCCUCAGUGCCGGAGUGGUGGCCACAAACCAGUGGCAACUAAAUGAUUGCUUGGGAUGGAAUGGGCAAUGUAAAGCCACAAUCAUCUCUUAUCUGCGAUUCUGUGGCUUCUUCAGCGAGGGCCUAGGGCUGAACUUGGGGUACAUUAUCUGAAUUGAACUGCUUAGAUCCAUUUUUGAGCAAAUAACCAAUGACUUUCACUUAUGCACCAUCUCCAGGGCUGCAUUACACAGAGUUAUUUACACAGUGUGUUCAGAGUUAUUAUUAUUAUUACGUUUUUUUAGAGUGCCAACAUAUUGCGCUAUAUAUAUAAGUGUUGUUCGCACUCUCCGAUGAAGAAAGAUCCAAGCAGCGCCCCGAACCCGUCGCUUUGGUGAGAUGCAAAGAAAUCGAUGAAUAGGCAUUAUAUUGCGUGUGUGUGACACACCAGGUUGGAUAAAAUUUCGAUCUUUAUUCCAUAGGUUAAAAUCAAAUGUCCUAACGCUUUUCGUAUCUAGAGAUACGUAAUCAUAGGCACAUGAUUGUAGCGCCUAUGAUAGAGUCCUGCGCGGGUCCAUUUUUUUGUAACCCAUACCCGACCCACAAUCCGCAACCCGCAUUCUUACCUGCUCCCGGACCCGUGACCCGCUAAAUCACCAAGAAUCAGGAAGUGUAAACCGGAAGUGAUAUCAUCGGAAGUAGGUGGUAUUAAAAAAAAAAAAAGGAGUAAAAAUCUCUAUUGAGAAAGCCUGCAGAACCGCCGACCCGUGUCUAUACGCGCACCCCGAACUUCUGCCUGCAACCCGCAGGGUACCGCUGGUUUUUGCGGGUACCCGACCCGCUGCCGGACUCUAACCUGUGUUUACGUAUCUCUAGAUACGAAACUUGUUCGGACGUUUGAAUUUAACCCAUGGAAUAAAAAUUGAAAUUUUAUCCAACCUGGUGUGUCGCAGGAGUGCGCGCCUCUUCAUCUAUUUCCAAAACAUCACAGGGGUGUAAGGCCAACGGCACAACUAACUGUCACACCACCCUGAUUCACCCUUUCACCACUUCACAGAGUGAAUCAUCAUGUGGCGACGCCUCGGGUGAUUGACGGGUUUCCUGAGGUUCUUUACAGGAAUGAGUGUCAGGCGGAUAGGGGGCGUUUGGGUGCCAUUGUUGUCAGCCUGAUAAAAAUGGUGGUCGAAAUGCCGUGUUAAAAGGUUUAUUAGAGAAGGCAAGGUUUAUAAGAAUGUGUGAGAGGCAUCACAUAUGAUAAAUGGGAUUAUAUGUCCAUUGCAGGUCCGGACUGGCAAUCUCUGGUUCUGGCAAAUGCCGGGGGGGCUGCUAUAAAAUGCCAAAGACUAUCACUAUUUAGUGAGCUGGUGGGGAGCUGUUUGGGCCUCUGUACCUUAAAGCGGACCUGUCACCCAGACACAAAAAUCUGUAUAAUAAAAGUUCUUUUCAAAUUAAA